AUGCCUUACCAAUGGACAGCUGAGAGGGAGCGCCAAAUGCUCCUACUAGCUAUAUCUCGUGCCAAUCUCAGACCAUCUGCCGAUACAUGGACUGCUGUUGCUGGCCUUCUUGGAGGAGGUCUUUCAGCAUCGGCUGUCAGUCAAAAGUAUUACAAGUUGCGCAACGAAUCGGACAAAAAACUGCAUGGAAGCCUGGGUAUUUCACCUCCUUCCACACCAACCAAGCGCAAGAGAGAAGGCGAGGUCAAAACACCAUCCAAGCGGCCAAAGCCUGUCGCCAAGCAGGAAGCCGAGGAUGGAGAACCGUUUUCUGAUGCAAGUAGCAGUCCAAUCUCCAACGGUGUGAAAGCAGAAGAAGAGCGCAAGGUGCAAAUCGAUACAUUUUCGACAGGCGAGACAUUCUAUGUACCAGAGGACUUCUUCAAAAAUGGGUAUGGUCAGAUCACCCCAGAGAGUAGCAUGGUCAGCAGCAGCGUGAGCAGUAGCUAUGUUGGGGGGAGCUACUUGAAUUGA